AUGGGAGAACUAGACUAAGAAAAAGGAAUGAAGAUUUUUGUUCAUAAAUGCUCUCAGUUUAACACUAUUGAGGUUUAUGGCAAACACAAAGUUGGUCCAAACCUAUAUGGGCUCUUUGGUCGCAUGACUGGCCGAGCACCGGGCUACAGCUACACAAAAAACCACAUAGAGAAGGGUGAGUGUGUGAAAGAAACACAGAAAGAAUUAUUAUUACUUUUGGCGUACUUACAGAAUCCUAAAAGGUACAUUCCAGAGACCUUAAUGAUCUUUCUUGGCAUGCGUAAGAAGGAGAAAAGUGUACAGCUGAUAGAAUAUUUAAAAAAAUCCACAUCCUCCACUUAA